CCGCUCACAACUCAAUUUUUGAUAAACCUAAAAUUGUGGUGUUACAACGAGGGGAAACACAAAAUUCACAUCUCUGCGCGCUGCUAAAAUUCAGUUCAUCCUUGCAAAACAGAUCGAGAUGAGAACAAGCAGAAUAUAACUGAACCAAAGGCGAAGCUAGAGGCCAUGUCCGGGACCUUUUACUUCGUACCCUGUCAACCAUAAUCCACUGGGACUCUGGGAGUGUCGUAGUCGUGCUGCAGUGCUAUUCCAGUCGAGCCUUGGCUUGUCUGUGAUCUCAUAUCUGAGUACGAGAAACGAGAACAACGAGGGUAUAACAGAGCCAGUUUUAAUAUGUUAGAUGGUGAAAACCAGUCCGCGGAUGAUGAGUUUCUUCAGGAUCAAUCGAAUGAUGCACAUUGCAGUGGGAGUGAUAAAAACACAUCUGAUGAAUCAGCCUGUUGGUCUUGUUCAAUGAAUUUUGACACAUGUUGGUCAUGGAGCAGAGAGAUUUUUUACUAUAGUUGGAAAGUUUGCACAGGUCUUGGAUAAGAGGUUCUUGAUAUUUUUCAGGGAUGGCCUAGCAAACACUUGUUUUUAAAAGAACUUGAGAAAGGGUCAGUUCUUUUGGACGCUUAGAUGUGGGAUCGAGUUUCACCGGAUGAAGCCUAUAGUAACAUUAUUGAUGGGAUUUUUGUUGGGAGUGAGUACCUAUAUGGAAGAGAUGAGAAGUUUGAAGACAAUUGGUUGGUGAACUCAUCGAUUUGUCAAAAAAGAUUGUUGACCUUGCCAGGAUCAACUAAUUUCAUUGCUAUUAUAUUGUUGUUAAUCUUUUAGUUUGUUAGAAUGUUGACCAUCUGUGUCAAUGACUCAAUGAUACAUACUUAAUGUAAAAAGAUUUUAGACAUGGGUUCUUUUUAAUUGAGUUUCAUAGAUGAAUGACAAUUGUGACUUUAUUUUGCUCUUGCAAUCUAUUAUAAUUGUGUGUUAUUGGUGUGCAUACGAGAAAUACAUCUUUGUUUAAAAAAAUUUGAUGUACAUAGUAAAUAAAAAUUGAAUACAUGUUAAUACAACUAAUAUAUACAGUACCAUAUUAUACACUACAAAUCAUUUUCGACUAAUAUUUAAUGUCGUUAAACUACGACAGUUUAAAGUAGUCGUUAUUCAAAAUCUGAUAUCAACAAGUGAAGUCAGUCGAAAUUUUUUUUGACUCUUUUUUUUCGACACUCAAAUUGACUGAUCAAAAUAGUCGAAAAUGCUCUUUUUCGACUGUUUUGGUAUGUUGAAAAAGCUCAUUUUUGGCGUAGUGAUUAAUCGUCACGCUCAUAAGAGGUGACUCGGUGGCGCGAGUGUGUAUGCUCGGCCAGUGUACGAGUGUGUGUGCUCGUCCGGCGUCCUUGAGUGAUCAGAUUUCAUAAGUCCGUUAUUCAAUGUUAAAAUUACACACACUUAACAAUAGUAAGAGCAACUAUACCACUUAAUUAUUUUAAUAUGUAAUUAUAUAGAAGAGAUUCCAAGGGUGCUUAUCUUUCAAAAAAGAGGCUCAGCCAUCCGGCUUUUUUGGGAAGUCAGAUUUGGAAUCCCCAUAUCAAUUUUGACUUGGUCAAAAUCCUCCAAUGUCCAAAGUUAAGCAGCGAGAGCUCGAUCCAAAUCCAGUCAGCGCACAUUUCAAUCUCAGGAAAUCGAGAGUCAAUUAGAGAGACAACGAGCGACCGUCGGCGGGCGGCCUCUAACUGGUGUCGACGAAGAGAGGUGGGGUAAAAUGCUCCGUCGAUCCGCCUUAGGCUCUACGUCGCUAGGGAGAGGAGCAGAGACCCUCGAUACUGCUGUUGCUUGCAUCUUGGGUAAAGCUCUCAAGCGGCCAUUAAUGGCGGAAGCUCACCAGGUUAUGGGAGACUGUGAUGCCAGCAGAGAGACAAGCUGUGACCGGCGGGUGUGCUCCGAGUCUCCGACGGAGGUGGAGAGAUGUGACGCGAUCGGCGAAGUGGUAGAGCCACUGCGAACAUCACCUGGCAGCGGCGGAAGCGAAAGCUUCCAGGGCCGGCGGAUCCAUGUCGGGGAUGACGAUUGCUCCGGUGACUGCUGGUUCUGUUCUGGAAUUCCAGAUUCCACAGCUUAUUUCCUUCCGCAGCAGGACUCAUGCUUGGUUCUCGUAUGUCUUUCUCCAGAUUGGACAGUUCUCUGCAGGCAGGCGGAAACCCUCAUACAAAGUUGAUUGACUGCUUGGGGGCUUCCUGUGUGGAGGCUGGUCACUGGCUUAGACCCAAACGGCCAUUCCAUUACCUGGCUGGAUUUUUUCAAUGAGUUUCCAGAUUUUGGAUUACAAACCUGGAAAACAAAACUGCUAGCAACCUGCCAUUUUUUCUGAAAUUCUUGGUUGAUUCCUACCAAAGUGACGGGAGAGACUAUAGGCUCUCAAUGAAAGCACCAAUGUUGUUUAAAAUAGGACGCUCGUAGGCUUUUAGAAAAGCUACGUAAGAACACUCAAGCAGGAAUUAGAAAGUAAGAACGAAUAUGAAAAGUAGCUAGGAGGUUUAGUUGCCAGAAAGUAGCGUGUAGAAAUUCGUCCCAUAAUUUGAAUUACAGCGCAGCUUUUAUAGGUGUUUACAAAUCGUAACCGCUAUCGAUAAUAA